UGGAGAAUAUAUUAUAUACCCACAUAUAUAAAAACCCUCCACUUAACAGAUAGAGAAUUCACAUUCUUCUCAAACACACAUCAAACAUUUAUAAAAUCUGACCAGAUAUUUUAAUGAAUCACUAUAGUAAAGACCACAUUCUGUGUUCAGAAUUUAGUUAAAUUAGAAAUUCUCAUAUGUUUGAAUACUUAAAAGCACAUUCCUAAAUAAUUCAUGAUUUAAAUAAAAAAUUACACACCAUUUAGAAAAGAAAAACAAAGAAAAUACAUGAUAGAACUUGGAUAAUGCAGAUAAAGCAGUCAUUUGAAAGAAAGUUAUGACAUUAAAUGCAUUUAUUCAAAAUUAUUUCAAGUGAAUGAACUAAGCAUUCACUUCAUGGACCUGGGAAAUGAAUAGAGUCAACCUCCCCAAAAUACCAUUGAUCAAUGAAUCCAAAAACUGGUUCUCUGAGAAGACCAAUAAAACAAAUUUCUAGCAAGCCACAAUGAGAAGAAGAUAACACAAAUGAUAUUGGAAAUUCACCCCUGCACCUAGCGAUUUGGGACCCAUGGAGUGGGGACCAGGCAGUAUAACUCCAUUGGGGCUGCAUUUGCCUGCACAUCCUCACCAAGCCGUUCAGCCCCACGAGUGUCCAGCCUUAGGACCCAUCCAGCUGUGGGGCUAGAUGAUGUGACUCCAGGUUAUGUCACCACCCCAGAACAAAUUUUGUAAGAAUUUCUCUCUCGAGUUCACCCAACUCCUUUUCUGCCUUCGCUGCCGCCAUGGCGCCUGUGAAAAAGCUUGUGGUGAAGGGGGGCAUAAAAAAGAAGCAGGUCCUGAAGUUUACUCUUGACUGCACCCAUCCUGUAGAAGAUGGAAUCAUGGAUGCUGCCAAUUUUGAACAGUUUCUUCAGGAAAGAAUCAAAGUGAAUGGAAAACCUGGGAAUCUCGGAGGAGGUGUUGUAACAAUCGAAAGAAGCAAAAGCAAGAUCACUGUAACUUCCGAGGUGCCUUUUUCCAAAAGGUAUUUGAAAUAUCUCACCAAAAAAUAUUUGAAGAAGAAUAAUCUCCAUGAUUGGUUAUGCGUAGUUGGUAACAGCAAAGAAAGUUACGAAUUACAUUACUUCCAGAUUAAUCAAGAUGAAGAAGAGGAGAAAGAUGAGGAUUGAAACUCAGUUAUCUGG